AUGCCCAAACGCAAACUCUCCGACGUGGACUCCGGUCCCAAGCGCACAUACAACGUGCAAACCAUGCGCCUGACGCAAAAGUUCGAGCAGGGCGUCGUCCUCCUAUCGCGUGCGCUGAAGGUCGCCAAAGGCUUCGAGAGACAGAAGUUAUCGAGGAGAGAAAAAACCGCCAAGUCGCAGGGGAGCUCUGAGGCGUUGCAGAAAAUCGCGGAGGAGAUUGCUUUUAUCAAGAGUCUUGAUCCAACCGCUACGGCGCAAAAAUAUCUUUUCAAACAGCUGUUUAAGACGAAACGAAUUUCCGAGGCGCCAGCUUUUAUCCAAUUUAAAGAGUCGAAGAACAUUUCUACAGAGGGGCCGCAGAGUACGGCCGAGGCGAACGUUACUGCGCGAUUGUACAAGUCUAAUCCAGUGAAGAAUGCGUUUCCGAAUAUUAUGACCGAUAUUAAAAAGCUACUGGGGGUGGAGGAAGUGGCUGGUGGCAAGAAGGAUAAAGGCAAGGAGGCUGGGUCAAAAGAAAGUGCGACUAAGACGAAGACGGAACAGCGGGCUGUAUCCGUGUCGGAUAGUGAACCGGAGGACCCUAGAAUAGCUGCGGCUGCUGCAAAGUUCGAUGAGGAAGAAGGAGAUGAAAAGAGUGAAGGAGGUGAAGAAGGUGAAGGAGAUGAAGUCAUGAGCGAAGCGGAGAGUAUAGACUAUGCGCAAUUUGAUUCAAGGCUUGCGCCGGGCUCGGAGGAUGAGGAUGAGGAAGGUGCAGAUGGUGCAGCGAGUGAUGAUAGUGGCUCUGAUGGAGGCGUGAAUCUACAAGCGCCGUCUGAUAUGUCUAUAUCCCGGUCUCCUUCACCGGACUCGCCGCCGGCUAAGAAACAGAAGGGCAAGAGCAGCACAUCAAGUGCCCCAGCUACCAGUACAACCUUCCUGCCUUCCCUAACCAUGGGUGGAUACUUUUCCGGCUCAGAGUCCGAACCAGAAAACAUUGAUGAACAGCAACCACGUCGGAAGAAUCGAAUGGGACAGCAGGCGCGUCGUGCCUUGUGGGAAAAGAAGUACGGUAGUGGAGCAAACCACGUAAAGCAGCAGCAGCAGCAGCAGAAGAGGAGCCGGGAUAGCGGCUGGGAUAUGCGCCGGGGUGCAACGGAUGGUUCCGACGGCCCGAGGGGAAGGCGAGGCCAGGGACGAGGUCCACCUGGGAGGUCUCAGCAUGGUGGGGACCGUCCUCAGCGUGGUCCUCCCGCACAGAGGAGAAAGCCUGAGGAUGAUAAGCCCCUGCAUCCCUCCUGGGAGGCAGCCAAGCGGGCCAAGGAGCAAAAGGCUACAGCUGCAUUCCAGGGUAUCUUGUAUAAACUGUAG